UUGAAUUCUCACUUCCUGGUUACGCGUUAAGGAAGUAGAAUGGUAGCAAGCUGAAAUUGUAGUUUACUUUAUUAUUACCAUGAAAAUAAUACAAUAUCGUAUUACAUGACCGUAAUGUCGAGAUAACGGUCACAUUUAAACGUACAUGAAAGACGUAGAAGAGUCACAAAACCUACUGCGAGCCGUGGAUAUUAGUGCCACGUCAUUUACUUGCAAGACUGAGUGGGGCACACCCCUAUAAAAGAAAAGCAUUGGUUGGAUUCGGGAGAAAAAAAACUGUGAACUUCGCAACGUGGACUUUCACAAGUCCGUGGACGUUCCCUUCCUUCGUCAUCUUACAUCUUCUCAACAGUUUUUCUAAUUCGGAGAAAAAAAGACUACCUGUCAAAGAUGACAGCGGCGGCUUCAAACUGGGGGCUGAUCAUGAACGUGGUCAACAGUAUUGUGGGAGUUAGCGUGCUCACCAUGCCGUUCUGCUUUAAACAGUGUGGAAUAGUGCUGGGAACUCUGCUCUUGUUCUUCUGCUCCUGGAUGACUCACCAGUCCUGCAUGUUCCUGGUCCACACAGCCAGCAACACCAAGCGCAGGACCUAUGCUGGACUCGCCUUCCAUGCAUACGGCAAACCAGGCAAAGCGCUGGUGGAGACCAGUAUGAUCGGUCUGAUGUUGGGGACCUGUAUAGCCUUCUACGUUGUCAUCGCAGACCUGGGCUCCAACUUCUUUGCUCAGUUGAUGGGCCUGCAGGUGACGUUUGGGUUCCGCGUGCUGCUGCUGGUGGCGGUGUCCCUGUUCAUCGUGCUGCCCCUCAGCCUGCAGAGGAACAUGAUGUCAUCCAUCCAGUCCUUCUCUGCCAUGGCUCUCAUCUUCUACACGUUCUUCAUGUUCACGAUGGUGCUGUCCUCGUUCAAACACGGGCUGCUGGGCGGCCAUUGGCUAGGGCGGGUCAGUUUGGUGCGCUGGGAGGGGGUGUUUCGCUGCCUGCCCAUCUGUGGCAUGGCCUUCGCCUGUCAGUCGCAGGUACUGCCACCUACGACCAGCUGGAUGAGCCCUCUGUCAAGCGCAAUGUCCACCAUCUUCACCUCCUCUCUGAACGUGGUCACCACCUUCUACAUUACGGUGGGCUUCUUUGGCUACGUCAGUUUCACGGAGGACAUAGCCGGGAACGUGCUGAUGAACUUCCCCUCCAACCUGGUGACGGAGAUGAUCCGGGUGGGCUUCAUGAUGUCUGUGGCCGUGGGCUUCCCCAUGAUGAUCCUGCCCUGCCGACAGGCCAUCAACACCAUGCUCUUCGAACAGCAGCAGAAGGAUGGGACGUUUGCUGCUGGGGGCUAUAUGCCUCCUGUGCGCUUCAAGUUGAUCACCCUCUGCAUCGUCUUUGGCACCAUGCUGGGGGGCAUCCUCAUCCCCAACGUUGAGACCAUCCUGGGUCUGACUGGAGCCACCAUGGGCAGUCUCAUCUGCUUCAUCUGCCCGGCGCUCAUCUACAGAAAGAUCCAGAAGAACGGCCUCACUGCACAGCUGGUGCUGUGGGUGGGCCUAGGGAUCCUCCUGAUCAGCACCUUCACCACGCUGUCAAUCUCCUCAUCUGAGCCCGCCCCCCGCCGCAUCCAACCUCCGCCUCCACCCGCCCCAAACAGGGAUUACCUCCAGCACAACAUUAAACUGCCCGAGAAGCCCCUGGUGAAGAAGCCCGCUGAGGGGGUGGAGCGGCCCAAGCCCCCUGCAGAUGGAGGGGCGGGUGUUGUCCGACAGGAGGAGAGGAACAAGCCAGAGCCCCCCCAGAUCAAAGGACCGGUAGAACCAGAGCGGAAGAAGGAGGCGGAGGUGCAGCUGGACAGGCCUGAAGCUGGUGUGGCAGUGCCAGAGAAGGAAGCCCACAGACACGAGCCGCCCAUCCCUCAUGAUGAGGUUCUGAUAGACGAGAGGAAGAACGCAGCCGAGCUGGCGGAGGAGAAGAAUCCUGUUCCAGGAGGAGGGAAAGAGGAGGAGUCUCAGGGGGAUGUGGAGCCAGGGGCGGGGCUUUCACAGGAAGUCGACGACAAGAAGAAGAAGAAGAAGGAGGAAGAAGAAAAGGAGGAGGAGGAGAAACCGAAGCCUGUGGUGGUAAAGAAGAAGGAAGUGGAGGCGGGCGUGGUGGAGUCCAAUGAGGUGCUGGAGAAACCUGAAGCGGGGAAAAAGCAGGAAGUACCCCGAAUGAAAGACGAGGAUAGAGCUGCCCCUGUGAAAGAGGUGCAUGCUGGGAAUGAUCCUGUGGCCGUUGCUGCUGUGGCGCAGGCUGAUGAUGCGGACAAGGCCGCAGAGGCUGCUAGGAAAGGUGGUGAAGUGCCACCUGCUGAAGCAGAGCAUCGUGGGCCACCAGAGGGGGCAGAUGGGAAGGAGGGAGGGGCGGAGGACAAGAUGGAAGUGAUAAAAAAUCUGGUUGCAGAAGGUCAGUUGGACCAUGCCAUGCUGCUGCAGGUGAUCAAGCAACAGCAGGAACAGCAGAAGAGGCUGAUAGACCAGCAGGAGAAACUACUGGCUGUCAUACAGGAACAGCACAAGGAGAUUCAUCAGAAACAACCAGAUGGUGCAGAGGCAGAGGUGGCAGAAGGAGUAGCAGCCAAGAUCAAAGACUCAUCCCAGGUUGGGGACCCCGCCGGAGCUGGAGAUCCACCUGCUGGAGUGCUCGAGACGAACGUCCUGCCCGAGAAUGAAGUACAGCCGGGGGCAGGAAAGGUAGAGGACCCAGCCCUCAGGGUUGUGGUUUCUAAAGAGGAGGUCCCAAAACAGGCUGUGGUGUCAGCAGUGGAGGCCCAGAAGGAGAGAGAGGUGGGUGCCCGGGGGGUGCCACUGGGGGGGCCGAGGGAAGACCCAGUCCAGGCCAAGCCCAAGGACCAGCUAGGCCAGCUUGGAGAGGGAGACACAGCCCUGGAUCGGGAGAAGGAGAAGCUGGAGAGGGAGAAGCUGGAGAAUGCCAUGGCAGAGGGAGAAAGGAUCAAGAAGGAGGUGAAAGCCAGGGUGGAGAAGGAGCGUGUGGAGAGAGAGAAAAGAGAGAAGCUGGAAAAGGAGCAGGAGAUGGAGAAGAUGAGGCUGGAGAAGGAGAGAGCGGAGAAGGAGAGAGAGGAGAAAGAAAAUCUGGAUAGGGAGAGAGCGAAGAAGGAAAAACUGGAAAGGGAGAGAGAGGAGUUGGAUGAGCAGAAGGCAAAACAGGCUGAGGUGGAAAGGGUUGUUCAGGCCAAGGAGGCUGCUGAGGCUGAGGUCGUGGCUGGGGCUGAGCAGGGAGCAGAACCACCGCCUGCCAAGAAGGGGGGUCGUGACCUGAAGGAGAGAGCAGCCCGAGAGAGUGACUCUAGAGGAGUUUCAGAGGAGGGCCCCAAAGCUCCCCACCCCCAGGGCCCCCAGGAGAAUGCUAGAGACCAGGCUGACACGGACCUGAGGAGGAGACGCAGGGCACUGGGAGCUGCUGAGGAGGCUCGGGUGUCCAGAGGAGGGGGGCUGGAGCCCCUGCUAGACUUGGGGGGGUCGGACCUCCAUGCAGUCCUGGAGGGGCAGCUCCUGAGGGGAGCUCUGGUACACACACGCCAGAUCAAACAGACUUCAGACCCAGAGUAAGAAGAGGGUCUGGUGGGGCUGGUCCUGCACACCCUUCCAGCCUCUCUGCCGGUCUCCAUGACCCAUCCUGAGACACAGUCAGACCAAAUGGACCCUCUGUGAGACUGGGCUGAGCUUCUUCUAGGUGACAGGGACUAGGCUGUCCCUUCCUCUUGCGUUCUGUCACUUCCUCUUUUCUGGUAUUAUUCUUAUUCUUCAACCGUGUCUUUCAUAGUGCUUUAAUUAGAAGAUAAUGCAAGGUAAUCUAUGGAUAUUUCAGGAAUUAUAUAAUAUUAAAGAUUUGGCUAUUAAUGUAUAUUAUUCUACCUUACAUACAAAGUCUAUUUGAAUAUAUAUUUGAAUGUAAAUAUUAACUUAUUAAUAAGAGAGAGGGGGGGGUGGAGUUCAAGGCCUGAAUGCUGAAUUGUUUAUUGCUAUGCAAAGACCAUUUUUGGUUUGUGGAUGCUGUGUACCUCCUACAAGCUGACUGACUGUAUUGCAGUCACUUUAUUUCCCAUGGUGUUUCUCAGUUUUCUGCUUUCAUGUUUUCAUUUUACAAAUAUUGUAAUUAUUUUCUAUUCUCUAAAGAUUGUGUUUUAUAUCAAUUGUAUCAUGUUUGUAAAAUGUGAAUUCCUAUGUAAAACAGCAUAUCUUGAGAAUUGUACAUUGCCUUUCUGUUCAUUUAAAAUCUAAAUGUAUUAAGUUCAAGGCAAAAACAAGAUACUUUCUCCUGCUGUAGCUGUAUAUUCUAGCCCCAUCUUACGCACACUGCAUUGCAAUGUCCCUUUAGAAAGUUCUGAUUAAGAUACUGAGUUCCAUACCAAACGUUCCUCUCCACUGGUGCCUUACCUUUAUGCUGCAGAAGUGAUGUUGACAACAGUAUUUAAAUGUGGUCAAAGUUUGCAAAUGUUUGGUCUUUCUGCCUGUGCAUAGGCCUCUCCUUGUUAGUAGAGGGAUUAUUCAAUGUCAAAAUACUGUGUGUAUUGGUUUGCUUGAUAAAGUUGCUAUACUUUUUGUAUAAUUUUGGAACACAUGCUCUGUUGUAGGAUUAGUUUUCUUUGCUUGUGGCUUUUCCCUUGUGUUACAGAUGAUACUGAAGAAAGGGGAAAUUGAACUAAGGGUACUGCUUUGAACUGCUUUAUUUCUUUGUUUCUAAAGACUGUUUUUUUAUGUUGGAAAUAAAGGUUUACAAUGAG